AUGUACUUAUCAUCAUCAACAACAUUGCAACAGAGGUUCAGCUUUGCUUUGAUCGUUGUCAUUUUUGUUGGACCUUUGGUGCAACAACACGAUUAUGGACAGGUUCAAGCACAUCAACAGGAGGACGGUGUCACAGAGUGCUUCUCCAUCGACACACCCACCUUUCCAUUGAAUACCAUCCAAGUGAUCAGCGUGACCAAUCUCACAGCACCUUACACGAUCAAGGCCGCCUCGCUGUCUUUCGUCAACGUUCCCGUUCCCUAUGGCAUCAACCAAUGGACUGUGAUGUUUGGCUACUCGAUGCUCAACUCAUUCUAUUCAAUCGUUGGCACGGCCUUUGAAACAGAGGUUCAUUAUUAUGACGUUGUCUUUGAUGUCCCAGCUGAUGGCGUCGCCGAGAUCAUGUUUAUCACUCUCCAAUCCACUGGCAUGAACAUGACAGGAACAAUCUGCACGACUCAACUGUCAUCUGACGAUCUCGAUAUCGAUCAGGCAUUCACAAUUGAACCAAGUCACGACCAGGCCUCAAGUGCUUCUCAACGAUCAUCCAGACCCGUUCCGACAUUCUUGAGCAUACUCACUUGCGACAACCAAUUCGUCUCAUACAAUGUCAGUACCGGCAAAGUGAUUCACCAUAAUUACAUCAACAACGACACUUUCAACACAUGCAACAACCUCACUUCAAUGUUCAUCAACCAACAAGAUGAGGCCUGCUUCCUCACAACCCUUGGAGAUCUCUAUGGUUAUGACCCAAGUGCAUUUGGCAAUGUGGCCUAUCUUCCAGCACUGGGUUACUUCUUCAUGCUCGAGAACAAUCCAAUCAUCUAUCAAUAUGAUUACAAACGAAACAUGACGAACACAUUCUGGUUGCCAUCAUUUGCCACUGAGUUCAUCAUGGGUCAAGGACUGACAGAUGAUGGAUGCCUGUUUGGAAUGGCACAGUUCAGAUCCAACAUGUCGAUGAAUCGAAUCAUGAAGUUCUCACCAUCUGAGAGGACAGUGGAGUUCUUUGACAUCCCAGUCAGUUAUCUGAAUGGCUUCCAGGAUGGAGUUUGGGCAAUGUUCACCUAUAACAACACACCUUACUUUGGAGCAGCUCGCAACAAUGAUUAUGCCUACUCGAUUCUUAAAGCUGAUCUUGAACAGUUGACCAUCACAGAGGUCUAUGUGAGUUCUCUCCUAGCGUUCCCAGACCUUGACAGCUGCCCUCCAUUCACUUAUGACGUGAAUGGUUAUGUCAUCAUGCUUGGAUAUGGUGCAGGACUCUACUAUGAGCGAGUUGACUUGGAGACUUUGGAAUCAUUCAACACGACACUUCCAUUCAGUCUGAACAAUGACGUCAUCGCCUUUGUUGCUUCCCACUAA